AUGUCCGCUCCUCUUUCCAAGGAACUCCGAUCCAAGUACAACGUCCGAUCUCUCCCAAUCCGAAAGGAUGACGAGGUCAUGGUUGUCCGAGGCCACUACAAGGGACAGUCGACCGGCCGAGUCACCUCUGUCUACCGAAAGAAGUUCGUCGUCCACAUCGAGCGAACCCAGCGAGAGAAGAUCAACGGCACCACCGUCAACGUUGGCAUCCACCCAUCCAACUGUGUCAUCACCAAGCUGAAGCUCGACAAGGACCGAAAGGCCAUGCUCGAGUCCCGCGCCGCCAGCCGAGCCGCUCGACAGGCUGCUGACAAGCACACCGAAGAGUCUGUCAAGAUGCAGCAGUAA